AUGGCAGAUCUCGUCAUGCCAGUUUCCACAUCAUCUGAAGACUUACGUGAGCCAGCAACCCCUUCUGGUUCAUCGGGAAGGCGAGUCCAUUAUUACUCGGAAGAGUUGAGAUCGAUGUGGAACUGGAAAAAAAUCUUCACAAGACUUGGGACGGUACAGCAGUGUAUCCAGUUUGCUGAGGAGAGAGGAUUUAUUCCUAAGCAGAAAACGUGUCAUAUACACCACAGGCCAAUGACGCUGUCUAACGAAACCCAGUUUGGCAGAUUCCGCUGCAGAAAGAGCAACUGCAGGAACAGGAGUGUGAGCCGGGUACAAGGUACCUGGUUUGAAAAUGUGAGGUUAUGCAUCACAUUAGCAUUUCAAAUAAUGUAUGCUUUUAGCGAGGGCUUGUCUUAUAUGCAAGUACAAAAACGACUUGCUACCGAAGAUGAGCCUGUGAUUUCCAUGAAAACUGUGGCGGACUGGUACAGCUAUUGCCGAGAAACAAUUGUUAUUUAUGAGCUGGAAAAUAACCAAGCAAGUGAGAAAAUAGGAGGACCCGGAAAAAUAGUACAAAUAGAUGAAUCCAAAUUUGGCAAAAGAUAA